GGCGACCCGCGGCCGCACGGCCCGGGGCAGGCCGCGGAAGGCCCCGCAGAGAUCCAGCAGAUCCCACCCCGCAGCCUGGAACCGGCCCCGGCUCAAAGCGCCCUUCCCGGCCCGGCCCCGCCCGACACGGGCCCGGCCUCGCCCCUGCCGAGCCGCCCGCCCGGGCCCCGGCCCGGCGCACUCACGCGUUCCCCACGUGGAUGCGCGGCACCACCUCGUUGCUGUGCGCGCUGGGCAGGCUGUAGCAGCCGCUGCCGUUGGCCAGGAGGUCGUUCAGCUCCUCCACCGAGAUCUGGUACUCGGCCAUGGCCGAGCCUCCUCCGCCGCCAGCCAGAGGCCCCCUUGGCGCAGAGGCUCCAGCCGGGCCCGCUCCCGCCCCGCCCGGCACCAGCCACCGCCUCAUGGGCGGGGCCGCGGCAGCUGCUGCCGGGGCCGGGACGGGGCCCUGAGGGCGCCCGACGGCGGCGGCUCCGACCCCGACCUGAACCCGGCCUCGGCCCCGGCCCCGGCCCCGGCCCCGUGCGGUGCUGGGGAUGGACCCCGCAGGCCUCACCCUGAAGCUGCUGCUGGUCGGAGACAGCGCCGUGGGCAAGUCCAGCCUCCUGCGGAGAUUCACGGACGGCGCGUUUGAGCCGAGCCUGAAACCCACCAUCGGUGUUGAUUUUAGAGUGAAGAAGAUGGUGGUGGACGGCCGUGCAGUACAGCUUGCCAUAUGGGACACGGCAGGACAGGAGCGCUUUAGGACACUGACUCCCAGUUAUUACCGAGGAGCUCAAGGGGUUGUUUUAGUGUACGAUGUUACAAGAAAAGACACUUUCACAGGACUAGAAAGCUGGCUGAAGGAGCUGGAAAUCUAUACCUCCAAAAGCAACACUGUGAAGAUGUUGGUUGGCAAUAAAACUGAUAAGCCUGAUCGUGAAGUAGAGAGGAAAGAAGGACUCCAGUUUGCUAGGAAACGUUCACUGCUUUUUAUAGAGACCAGUGCCAAGACACAGGAUGGAGUGCAACAUGCCUUUGAGGAACUAGUCAGAAAGAUCCUGCAGACCCCAAGUCUUUGGGAUAAAAGCACAGAGAAACGGGGAGUCCAGCUAAUGGAAUCUUCAGCACAGCAGCAUAAAAGUUCAUGUGGUACAUACUGUCCACUUUCUUAAAUCUA